GCUCUUAAAAGUUAAUUUUUCAGUGGUCUGCUUCGUUACACGAUACCAUCAACAACUGGCGUAGAAGUUCAGUAGAAAACAAAGAGUUGUUGUGUGGACUACAACUGGUUUUUGUCUCAAAAAAGGUACAUUCGGAACAAUAGCAUCCACACCGGUAUCAAUCUCCCGCCAAACAACGUUUCUCCACUACUACACCACAAUCCGACCUUUUGACAUUCUUUCUCCAUCACUGAGUCGCUAGACUCGUUUCAUUUUCUCCACCAUGGCCGACAUUGGCCAAAUCAUAAACGCAAAUGCCUCCAGAACGAUCACACCAGCUGCAGUAGGCUCUCAGGUAGCCCUGAUGUCAAUAAUCUCGGUUGUUACAGUUAUCGUAUUCAACGUAUUGCGACCUAAGAACAAGGUCAUCUACGAACCCAAGGUCAAGUAUCACGUUGGUGACAAGAAGCCACCGCGGAUAUCUGACUCCCUUUUGGGAUGGCUGCCACCCCUCAUACGCACCAAGGAGCCCGAGCUUGUUGACAAGCUUGGUUUGGAUGCUGUCACCUUUCUCAGAUUCACUCGCAUGACCCGAUCACUUUACACAUCCAUUGCUUUCGCGUGCUGUGCCAUUCUUAUCCCUAUCAAUGUGGCCUACAACCUCAAGAACGUCCCUUCUACGGAUCGAGAUAUUCUCUCCAUGCUGACUAUCCGGGAUGUCAAGGGUUCUUUCCUCUUUGCACAUGUCGUAGUCUCGUACGCGAUCUCAGCGCUCGUCAUGUUCUUCGUAUGGCGGCACUGGAAGGAGAUGCUUCGUCUCCGGCAACAAUGGUUUCGCUCUCCUGAAUAUAUGCAAUCCUUUUAUGCGCGGACACUGGCAGUCAUGCGUGUACCCAGGAAAUACCAAACUGACGAAGGCAUCCGCGCCAUUUUCGAAAGCGUUCAAGUCCCAUACCCUACUACCUCGGUGCACAUUGGUCGUAAAGUCGGACGUCUACCGGAGCUCAUUGAAUACCAUAACACCGCCGUUCGCGAACUCGAGCAGGUUCUCGUGACAUACCUUAAGGGUGGAAAAAUAGCUAAAGACCGGCCCACAAUUCGGAUAGGUGGAUUCAUGGGCAUGGGUGGUGUCAAAAGGGACGCCAUAGACUUCUAUACCGCAAAACUGAAACGCACGGAGCAAGCAAUUGAGGAUUAUCGUCAGCAGAUUGAUAGUCGCAAAGCAGAGAACUACGGUUUUGCAUCCAUGGCAGCGAUCCCAUACGCACACAUUGUCGCUAACUUACUUCGAAAGAAGCACCCCAAAGGUACUGAUAUCGCUCUCGCGCCGAACCCUAAGGAUAUUAUAUGGGCGAAUUUCAACAAGACAACUUCCGAGAUUGUCCGCAACAAACUCAUCGGCGCUCUGUUCUUGGUGGUCGUUUGCUUCUUCAACACCAUCCCCCUGUUCAUCAUCUCUAUCUUGGCAAACUUGAGCUCAAUAUCUGCCUACGUGGGUUUCCUCGCGGAAUGGUCAACUGCAUCUCCAGGAUCAUUUGCUUUCGUUUCUGGUGUCGCGCCUCCUGCCAUCUCGGCACUUUUCGGUUUUUUCCUUCCCAUAAUCAUGCGUUGGUUAAGCAAAUUCCAAGGUGCUCUUACUCACAGCCGACUUGACCGUGCCGUCGUUGCACGCUACUUUGCUUUCCUUGCUAUCUCCCAGUUGAUCAUCUUCACUCUCAUUGGCGUCGGAUUCAUUGCUGCUGAACAGAUUGUGACGGAGAUUGGCUCCCAUACCAGCUUCCAGGAUAUCAUCGAUAACCUGCAUACCUUGCCGAGUACGAUCAACCAGACGUAUAUCAAUCAGUCGUCGUAUUGGUUAACAUACUUCCCACUUCGUGGCUUCUUGGUUAUCUUUGAUCUGGCGCAGAUCCUGAAUCUCCUUUGGACGUCGUUCAAGACCCAUGUCUUUGGCCGUACACCCCGUGAUAUCAGAGAGUGGACACAGCCGCCAGAGUUCGAAUAUGCUAUUUACUACGCGAAUAUCCUCUUCAUGGCCACUGUUGCCCUGGUCUUCGCGCCUCUAGCCCCCUUGGUCGUCCUUGCUGGUGCUAUUGUGUUCUGGAUAGGUUCAUGGGUGUAUAAGUAUCAACUCAUGUUCGUCUUCAUCACGAAGGUCGAGUCGGGAGGACGGCUUUGGAACAUGAUGAUCAACCGGUUGCUCGCCUCUGUAAUUCUCAUGCAACUGCUGAUGGCCCUGACCAUCGGCCUCCAAUACGGUUUCAAGUCUUUCAUGUGGCUUACCACGGUCCCCCCAAUCCUGUUCAUAAUCAUAUUCAAGGUUCAGCUUGACCAGACUUUUUACAAAAAGUUCCUGUACUACAUGCCCUCGGAGACCGAGCUUCGCGAAGCACAAGUCCACUCCUCAAGGUCAGAUGCUUCUGGCAAAGGGUUGGAGAAGCGCUUCGGUCACCCUGCGCUCCAUGCAGAGCUAUUUACUCCGAUGCUUCAUGCAAGGAUGAUGCCGCUCCUGGCAGAUGUCUACAAGGGAAAGAUUGGCAGUGACAAGGCCAAGCUUGAUGAAUAUGGUGGUCAAAAAUUGGACGCUCAGGUUAUCGAGGGUGGCCUGAAGAUUGCCGCUGUUGAACAGCGCGAUCUGGAGUAUGAUCCUGCCCUUUACCAGCGUGACCGAGGCGAACUGGACUGGGAUCAACGGUCCAUUACAUCGACUGCGAUCUUGGGCAAUGCUGGAAGCAGCGAUAACGCUUCACUUUACCACCAGAAGGCCCAUCAUUACGCGGCUUCAAUGGGCGGAGGUCGUGCAUCUCCGGCACCUCCCGCAUUCGACCGUUACCUUGCCCAGGGUCCAUCGCAAUCUCAAAGUGAUAUAGAGUUAGCACGCAUGAACCACAGUGUGGAUCAGUUGCCUCUUCUGACAGAUCAUCAAUCAUAUGGAUACUUCGAUGCCCGGCAGCAACCACCGCCGUCUCCACUUGCUGGAUACUCUCCGGAUCGGAUGACCCCGCCAGUCAGAUACGGGUCACCCGCACCAAUGGCAACGCCACCGCAAAUGCAAUAUCCUCCCCAUCCUGGAAUGCACCGGGUUCCCACAGAAGGCUACAGAGAAGCACCUCUACAUCGCCCGUAUCCCCACCACCAUCAAACCCCGAGUUACUCCAGCGAAUCUCCAUCACAAAAUAUGUCUGGACGAGGAGCCUACCGAGGAUGAACAAUCAAAACUUUUAUGAAUUAUCUCACAAGUACCACCAUUCAUUCUAAUGUGCGCUACGACUGGGCCUACUCUGCCUUUCCUCAAUCUUUCAUGCCGUCGUUAUCUGUUAUCCCACUUUCAUUUUGAUCACGCACAUACAAUUCGGACUUGAACUAGGAUAAAGCAAGUGCAAUGGUUACUUGGACGGACAGGCUUACUGCAUAUAUUUUACGAUGCGGGAGGGCCUGCCGAAUAGUGACUGGCAUUUUCUUUGCUGUACUUGUUGCAUUUAUCUUACCUAUAGCUUGUGUAUGCGAACUUCCUAACUGCUACUAAUAAUCAAGCACUUAUUUGGCUGA